GCCCGGCAUGGCGGCGGGCAGCGCGCUCUUCGCGGGCUCGCGCGCGCUGGGGCUGUUCAGCGACGGCGUCCCGCACGUGGUGCGCCUCAGCCCGCUCCGCCGCCGCUUCCACGUGGCCACCUGCGUGGGCCGCAGCUUCCACACCUACGACGUUCAGAAACUUAGUCUGAUUGCCGUAAGUAACUCUGUCCCACAGGAUAUCUGCUGUAUGGCAGCUGAUGGGAAGCUAGUCUUUGCUGCCUAUGGAAAUGUUUUCUCUGCAUUUGCCCGUAAUAAAGAGAUAGUACACACCUUCAAGGGCCAUAAAGCGGAAAUUCAUCUUUUGCAACCUUUUGGGGAUCAUGUUAUCUCUGUCGAUACCAACAGCGUUGUUAUUAUUUGGCAUAUAUAUUCAGAAGAAGAAUACCUGCAGUUGACUUUUGAUAAAUCAGUAUUUAAAAUUUCUGCAAUUUUGCAUCCAAGUACCUACUUGAAUAAGAUACUUCUCGGCAGUGAACAAGGAAGCUUGCAGUUGUGGAAUGUAAAAUCCAAUAAACUUCUCUAUACAUUUCCAGGAUGGAAAGUUGGAGUAACAGCUCUUCAGCAGGCACCAGCUGUGGAUGUUGUUGCUGUCGGCCUUGUGUCGGGCCAAGUUAUCAUUCACAACAUUAAGUUUGAUGAAACAUUGAUGAAGUUUCGUCAGGAUUGGGGACCUAUUACUUCCAUUUCUUUCCGUACAGAUGGCCAUCCGAUUAUGGCAGCUGGAAGCCCAUGUGGCCAUAUUGGACUCUGGGAUCUAGAGGACAAGAAAUUAAUUAAUCAGAUGAGAAAUGCACAUUCUACAGCAAUUGCCGGCUUGACAUUUCUCCAUAGAGAACCACUGCUUGUCACAAAUGGUGCUGACAAUGCUCUGAGGAUAUGGAUCUUUGAUGGCCCCACUGGGGAAGGCAGGCUCUUGAGGUUCAGAAUGGGACAUAGUGCUUCUCUUACCAAAAUUAGGUAUUACGGACAAAAUGGACAACAGAUUCUUAGUGCAAGUCAGGAUGGAACUCUACAGUCAUUUUCCACUGUACAUGAAAAAUUUAACAAGAGUUUGGGACAUGGAUUAAUAAAUAAAAAGAGAGUUAAACGUAAAGGUCUUCAGAACACCAUGUCAGUGAGACUUCCACCCAUCAUGAAGUUUGCAGCUGAGGAAGCUCGUGAGAAUGACUGGGAUGGUAUCAUUGCUUGCCAUCAGGGUAAGCUAUCUUGUUCAACCUGGAACUACCAAAGAUCUACAAUAGGCAAUUACUUCCUAAAGCCCAAAGAUCUGAAGAAAGAUGAUAUAACUGCUACAGCUGUAGAUAUAACUUCUUGUGGAAACUUUGCUGUAAUCGGUCUGUCAUCAGGAGCGAUAGAUGUAUAUAACAUGCAAUCUGGUAUACAUCGAGGAAGUUUUGGCAGUAAUAAAGCCCAUGUAGGAGCUGUUCGAGGCAUUGCCGUGGACGGAUUAAACCAGUUGGUAAUUUCAGCUGGUAGUGAAGGAUCACUCAAAUUCUGGAACUUCAAGAAUAAAAAUUUAAUCCAAUCUGUGAACCUCACUUCAUCUCCAAAUAUGAUGCUGCUACAUAGAGACAGUGGCAUACUGGGGCUUGCCUUGGAUGACUUCUCCAUUAGUGUUUUGGACAUAGAAACCAGGAAGACUGUCAGAGACUUUUCAGGACAUCAAGGCCAAAUAAAUGACAUGGCUUUCAGCCCUGAUGGCCGUUGGCUAAUAAGUGCUUCGAUGGAUUGCUCAAUUAGAACUUGGGACCUCCCAUCUGGAUGCCUUAUAGACAGUUUUUUGCUAGACUCAGCUCCUCUCAAUGUCACAAUGUCUCCCACUGGAGACUUCCUGGCUACUUCCCAUGUGGAUCACCUUGGAAUCUACUUAUGGUCCAAUAUUUCCCUGUAUUCAGUUGUUUCGUUAAGGCCACUUCCUACAGAUUAUGUUCCAUCAGUGGUGAUGCUUCCUGGUACCUGUCAAACUCAAGACGUAGAACUGUGGAAGGAGACCACAGAAGCAAGUGAUGAGAUGAUUGCGUAUGACUCCCCGGAGCAGUUGAACGACCAGUUGAUGACUCUGUCCAGCCUCCCAGAGUCACGGUGGAAAAACCUUCUUAAUCUUGAUGUUAUUAAGAAAAAGAAUAAGCCAAAGGAACCUCCCAAAGUUCCCAAAUCAGCGCCAUUUUUCAUUCCAACUGUUCCCGGCCUUGUACCCAGAUAUGCUGCACCCGAGCAAAACAAUGAUCCCCAACAGUCUAAAGUGGUAAACCUUGGAAUUUUGGCUCAGAAAUCAGAUUUCUGCUUGAAACUUGAAGAAGCAAUAGAAAAUAAUGAAUAUGAAGCUGCUCUUAACCUUUUGAAAGAAUUGGGCCCAUCAGGAAUCGAAAUGGAGCUGCGAGGCCUGAGUCCUGACUGCGGUGGGUCUGUAGCAGCCAUGCAAGGCUUCUUGAGAAUGAUUGGGCUGGUGCUGGACAGAAAGCGAGAUUUUGAGUUAGCCCAGGCAUACCUUGCGUUGUUCCUAAAGUUACACCUUAAAGUGCUUCCUUCAGAGCCAUUACUCCUAGAAGAAAUGAAAAGACUAUCAGCACAGGUGGAAGAAAAUUGGAUCCAUUUACAGUCACUUUUCAAUCAAAGCAUGUGUGUUUUAAAUUACAUAAAAAGUGCUUUAUUAUAAAAAUUAAUUUAAGUGAAUAAAAUUUUAUAUUAAAAUGUUCCAGUUUAA